UCUGAGUUCUAAAAAUACUGUCUGACAGGUUUCUAAUUGUUAAUUAAUAUUAACAAUUAUUAAUAAAUUGUAAGAAUUAUAACGUGCAUAAGCCUGUACUAUAAGCAUAUUAGCAGUAAAUUUGUCUCCAUUAUAUUUUCACCUUUCUUAGGUUUUUUCAAAAUAACAAGGUAUCCGAAAAUUUCGGACAAAUAAGAAAGAGAUUCUAAAAUAUGAAGUCGUCAAAGAUGGAAAGAUUUCUGCCAAAUGAGUGCUAUAUUUGUAAAUCGAGGGACAAUUUAAAAAGAUGUGAAUGCAACAUGAUUUCUUAUUGCUCCGAGGAUCAUCGACUGAAGCAUUUGGAAAUUCACAAAUAUUUUUGUAAAGUAAUUAAAGAAAUAUUAAAUGAAAAAAAAUUGUCACACGUUUGUGAAGAGCUAAAGAAUAAAUUUGGAUCCCCUUGGACAACGAAACGAAAUGAAAUCUAUGAAGAAAUAUUGAAGAAAUUAGGAAGACCUAUAAGUUUAUUAGAAAAAGCAAUGUGGAAACAUCCGCGAGGGUGUUUCAUAUGUUGUGAAACAGAAGAAGAAAAUCUAACAAAUUGUCCUAAUUGUCCAGUGGCAAGUUUUUGUAAAAAGCAUCCUCAAAAUAAAAUUCACACUAGGAAUUGUAAAGUGAUGGAUCAAUAUUUAAAAAUUCUGAACACAGCCGAGGAAUUCAAUAUCGACUUGAAAUUUCUUGCUCCUACUUUUCCGUGUAUUACAGAAGAUGUAAAUCAAGAUAUAGACGAACUUACUUACACAUAUACAAUAACGAAUUUGGAGGAAAGAUGUUUAAAAUCGAGAUUAUUGAAAAUGGACCUUAUUAACUUUAUGGACGUAGCUUCGAAAAUUAAUAACGCUUUACAAAAAAUACACGACAUGAUUCCAGAAGAAUUGACAAUUCACAUCGAUGCCCUUUUCUCUGAACAUGCAAUUAUAAAAAACAAUUAUUGGGAAUUCCUCUUGCAUCUCAAUCCGAGGAUAAAACAGUUAAAAAUUGUCAACACUGCAAUUGAAAAUCCAGACAAUGUAGAGACGUCUCUUUGUGAAAAUUGCAUUUCAGAGGAAAAAGAAUUGAUUGUUGAAUAUUCUUCAAAAUCGUACGACGACUACAUGCUACAUGAAAAUUAUCAAAAACCAAACAUUCUGUUUUACGUAAAAGUCGUCGAUGAAUGUAAUUCCGAAAAAUUAAACAAAUGGAGUGAAUUUGAUUGUCCCGUUAUUUUACGAUUCGAUUCAAAAUUAAAUUUCUGUAAAACACAACAUUUCCUCUCGUAUUCGACAUCAAAGUUUCAAUUUAUUUACGAAGGUCAAUUUAAAACACCAUUUGGUACAUUGUCCUCAAUGGAGAAUGAAGAUUAUUUUAUAAUUUUACAAUCAAAGGAGAAAAAAGUUGUUGAAAAAUCUUGUGUUGCAGUAACGAGUGAAAUUAACAAAGGCAAAAUAACUACAAACUCGCUUGAAAUUCUCUCAGAUGUUGAUUCAGAAACUCUUAAAUAUGUUGAAAGUGAUGCAAAAGAUGCUUCGAAAAUUACUCCGUCAGAAUCGUCAGAAUCAAAAGACAAUUCUGACAAUAACGAAAAUUCAAAAUUGGAAACAAACAAUAAUCAAUUUGCUUCUACUUCUUACAUCGAUUCAAACAAGAUUAUAGUAAUCGAAAAGGAAAAUAUAAAUAAAAAUGAAACCGAAGAGGAGAAAAAUUUCAAUAACGAAAAAACGGAAAAUAGAGAAUCGAAUAAAGAAGAAAAAUCAGAAGAUCGUACAACACUUUCUCCAUCGUAUUCUGUACGUUCAUUUGUCAUUAUUUCGGGACCCGGAGGAGAGGAGGAAGAUAAAAAAUCAGAAACUGAAGAAAAUGGAAAAUUUUUAAAGUCUGUCGACAACGAAUUUCUCGAUCCAAGUGGCGAAGGGCGAAAAAAUACGAAAGAGGACGAUGUGGAGAAGAAGAAUAUUGAAGAGCGGAAAGAAGAGGAAAAUGAUAAGAAAAUUCUCGUCAAUUUGGAAAGUUUCGAUAACAAUGAAACAGUUAAUUCAUCUCAGUCCUAUGUAAUUGGACAUGUUUCGUAUCUCAAAAACGAAAACGAAGGUUUACGACAACAAUUAAAUUUAGCAUUCAAUGAGAUAACGAAACUACAAACAAAAGUUGAUCAGCUUUCUUUUAAUUUAAACAAAAAGGAAAAUGUAAUAAAGAAUUUAUUACGCGUAUUUGUCAACUGUGAAGACACUGAUUCAGUGUGUGAAGAGAACAAAAUUUAAAUUCGUUACGAAAAAACUCUUCUAUUUUUUGUCUUUAAAAAAAAAUAUUUUAUUUUUGUUUUUUUAAUUUGAAAUUCCAAUACUAAUUUCUUUCUUACUUUCUCAUUUACAUUUUCAAUGAUUCGUAAUUUGGAAAAUAUUUCUAUAAAAAAUGUAAAUGUCUAUACCUAUUAUAAAUUAAUACAAUUAAUAUUAUUU